AUGCCUGUUUUAGAAGAAGCCAAUGAUCUUGCCAGAGACGUGCUUGCGGCGGGCCUCCUCGUGGUCCAUGAUACCGGCGGAGGUGGUGAGGAUGACGUAGCCGAACUGACGGGCAGGGAGCAGCUUGACAACCCACUUCUCGAGCUCGGAGAGGCGGACGUUGUAGCGGGGAGAGAUAACUCCGACCUUGUUGAGACGGCCGUUGAGCUGAACAACGAUCUUGCCGGAUCGGUGAUCGUCGAUCUCUUCGAACUCGCCAAUACCAUAGGGAUACAUCAUGAGAAGGAUUCCGAAAAACGUGGGCUGAGUCGUGGGGCAGUAUCGACGGUCGCCCUAGUUAUCAUGCCGAAUGAUGGGGGUAGGAGAGUAUUCGAAGACAUAUGGUGGUUGGAUCAUGCCGUGUCGCUGCAUGACAGUGAGGAACUUGAUGAUGACCUUGGAAGAAGGUCGGAUCAGGACCUGGCGCUUGCCAGCCUUCUCGGCGUUGUUCAUGGCGUUAAGCGCAUCGUGGAGGACGGAAGUGCGGACCAUUUUUGCGGUGUUUUGAGGAGAUUCUCAAGUCGGGACGGGGAAAUGAGGUAUCUGACAAAAGUUCGUGUUAGCCUUUCGAGGGCCUUUGAGCGAGGAGAGUGCCCUCAACGAUCGAUCGCGAGGGUUCUGCCGCCCAGUGCUGAAGAGAAGCGUAUCAAGGAUACAGUCGCCAGUUUGUGA